GGCAUAGACCUGGAGAACAUUGUGUAUUACAAAGAUGACACUCAUUAUUUUGUGAUGACCGCCAAGAAGCAGAAUCUAAUCAUUAAGAAGGUUUUAUUGCAGGACCACGACGAUCCUGAGAUUCUGCUUUCAAGGGAGAACGUGGAUCAGGAGGCCCUGCUGAACUACGCGCGUGAAGCUGCCGACUACUCGACCAGCCACAAACUGCCCAACUUGGAAUUCGCGCACAACCACUACGGACAGCCGGACGUCUCCAUGUUCGACUUCACCUCGAUGUUCGCCGCAGAGAAUGCCUGCAGAGUCGUGGAGAGGAGAGGUGUUGUGCUGCUAGUUGGGCUGGUCGGAGAUACACUCGUCGAGCCAUUUUGGCCGACCGGUUCCGGCUGUGCACGUGGUUUUUUGAGCGCCCUAGACGCGGCGUGGAUGAUUAGGAGCUGGUCGGGUGGGGGGGCCAACGUGGCGAGAGUCAUCGCCGAAAGGGAAAGUAUCUACCAGCUCCUCUCGCAGACAACCUCUGAGAAUUUGAAUAAGAAUUUUGCGGCUUACACCGUUGAUCCGAAUACCAGGUACGUGAAUUUGAACGUGCACGCCAUUCAGCCGGACCAGGUCAGUCACCUGAUCGACGGAAACGGAACUGAGCCAAUCAGUGAUGUCAUCAGCGAUAAUAGGGUCUUCACUUUUAAACAACUGAUGAAGUGGUGCCAGCAGCAGUUGGAGUCCUACCAGCAGUACGUGAGAAUCGUCGAUAUGUAUACAUCGUGGAAGAACGGCAUCGCUCUCUGCGCCCUCGUGCACCGGUACCGACCGGAUAUUAUGUAA